UACUAUAUAUUUACGGUUAACUUCAAGACAACUGUACGAUAAUUGAAUGCCUUAGUUGUCAGCAAUUUUUUUUGUAUUAAUAAUUUUCAAAUGAAUCAACCGGUCAGGUAGUCCUACCAGAGCCAGAGCUCUGGUCUUACCAUUUGGUCACACAUCAUGCAGCGUCAUGUGAUCGUGUCGUACGGGAAACCCCCUAUUACUUAGCCUCUGCAAUUUGCAAAAGUGCAAUGGUUGGGUGUCUUGGGAUGUUCAAUCUGGUGCGUUAUUUUCAUUUUUUAUUCAUUUGUUUGUCGUCAUUGUGUUUAUGCUUUGCUGCUAUUCCUCGCAAUGUCCUGGUGAUAGUUGCAGACGAUUACGGAUUCGAAUGUGGAGCGUAUAAUAACAGUGUCAUAUCGACUCCAAACAUAGAUGGAUUGGCAUCUCGCGGAAUUUUGUACAAAAAUGCAUACACUGUCGUAAGCAGUUGCUCGCCCAGUAGAUCAGCAAUUCUUACAGGCCUUCCCCCACAUCAAAAUGGCAUGUAUGGAUUGCACAAUGGCUACCAUAAUUUUGAUUCGUUCAAUGCAGUCAAAAGUCUUCCUCUCAUACUAAAAGACUCUGGUAUUCGAACUGGUAUCAUUGGUAAAAAGCAUGUUGGCCCAGAGGAAGUUUAUCCAUUCGACUAUGCUCAGACAGAAGAAAAUAAUUCAAUUAUGCAAGUCGGGAGAAAUAUUACCAGAAUGAAAGAGCUAACCAGAGAGUUUUUGUCUCAGAGUAAUGGUUCUUUCUUUUUAUAUAUUGGAUUCCAUGAUCCACAUAGAUGUGGGCAUACGCAACCACAAUAUGGAGUUUUUUGUGAAAAAUUUGGAAAUGGUCAACCAGGAAUGGGAAUAAUAGAAGAUUGGAAACCUGAUUAUUAUUCGCCCGAUAAAGUAAUUGUGCCUGGAUUUGUUCAAGAUACUCCUGCUGCAAGAUCUGACCUGAGUGCACAAUACACAACAAUAUCAAGACUUGAUCAAGGAGUUGGACUCAUCUUGAAAGAACUUGAAAAUGCAGGUCACACAGAGGAUACCUUGGUGAUAUUCACUUCUGAUAACGGCAUCCCAUUUCCAAAUGGAAGAACAAAUCUCUAUGAAUCAGGCACUAAAGAACCCUUUAUUGUUUCGAACCCACUUAAAAAGUCAUCUUGGGGAACGCAUGGUGAUGGAGUGAUUUCCACACUAGAUAUUACACCUACAGUGUUAAAAUGGUUUGACAUUUCAUAUCCAAGUUAUAAAAUAUUCGGUCGUCAUGCUAGUUUAACUGGACAGUCUCUCAUAUCUAGUGAUCCAAAUAUUCAUGGAAGAUAUGUAUUUGGCAGCCACUCAUUGCAUGAAAUCACAAUGUAUUAUCCUAUGAGAUCAAUUAGAAAUAAAAGUUGGAGGUUAAUUAGAAAUUUGAAUUAUCUUAUGCCAUUUCCAAUUGAUCAAGACUUUUAUUUGUCUCCAUCUUUCCAAGACCUGCUGAAUCGUACUAGAGAUGGAAAGGAUCUUCAUUGGUUCAAAACUUUGAAUCAGUAUUAUUAUCGCCCUGAAUGGGAGAUGUAUAAUUUAGAUAAUGACUCGCUGGAGAUAAAAAAUCUAGCAACUGAUGAAAAAUAUAAAGACAUUUUUCAGUCUCUUUGGAUGAUGCAAAUGCAAUGGCAAAAUCAAACACAUGAUCCUUUCAUUUGUGCACCGGGCGGAGUUUUAGAAGAUGCUGGAAGUUAUAAAGCUCAUCCUGUGUGCAUGGGACUCCAAAACAAUUUGCAUUGAUGAAUAUUGGAGCAUUUUUCAAUUUGUUUUUGAUAUGCUAUAUAUCUACAGCCACUUUUUUUUACCUCGUCAUGAUCAGCUGUACUUGUUUCAUUCUUGUUUGAUCAUAUAUCAACUUGUGUUUCUUUACAUUUCAAUAAAUAUGUCAUUUAGCUGUGAUUUAUUUAUCUCAAGUUCAUAUUAUCUGUGUCAAUCUUGUGCCCUGCAUUACCAAUUAAUGUAUGGAAUGUCAUGUUUGAAACCUGGUUGCUGGCAAACUUGUGAUCUUUCCUCAACAACGAACAAAAAAACAUUUUUAUUGACCAUCUGUAAAUGUUAUACUUUAUCUUUAAUGUUGGGCUGAUAUCAUUUUUAUGUAUUGGGUUGCCCACUAUCCCAAAGUCAGUUCCUUCAAUUUCUUCUUUUGACCUUCAAUUAUGGAGAAUGCGUUUUUUUAACCUUUAACCCUUAAAAAUAUGACAUUGCUGUGAACCCUCAACUCCAAAAGUAUUUGGUAAGCAAAUUUGCAAUAUUGACAAACAGUUUAAUCAGCAUGAUUUUUGUGUAGUUCUUUGUUGAGCAAUGUUUGCUAAGUACAUACAUGUUACCUUG